UGCGUCAUGUUGGCUGCAUUAUAAUAACAAUGGGGCGGGGUUGGUAGCAAAACAGCGCUGAAGCGCUUUAGUAUUUUCCUUUUAUAAAUUACCACAGAUUGUCAAAGGCAGAUGUUAAAGCGCUGCAGCAAGGAGGUCGCAAUGUGGGCGAGUUGUGUAAACUUUUUUUAUGAGGCUUACGUAUCGUGUCGUCCGGACGGGCGCAUAGCGUUACAUUAUUAUCUCAACAUUUUUUCGCAUUCAUCACCAGAUUUACAGCUAAAUAUGGAUUUCAGUGUCAAAAACACGUGUAAAACAUCUGCAGUGCUUUAGUUUAGUGCAGCUGUGCGCCAGUGCGUGACGAGCACGCAUCGCCAAGGGAUUCACAUUAAUUAUGUGAGCGUCGAAGAACCAUUUCAAGUAUGCGAUAACACGCCCUCAUCUUACUUAGCAAACUGGACACAUUUAAGACGUGACUCAAUUAUAAUUACAACAUUGCGUGCAAGACUAAUAUAAAAUCAAUACUCGGGGACUGAUUAUCUCAACUGCAGUCUCAUUUCCUCUUGCCGUUUCAUAUCCAAUCGAGGUAAUGAGGACAAAAUUAACCCAGUUAAGAGUAAGAGUGUAAUUUGCGUUGUUACGUCAAUAAUUAAUUACCAAAAAAUUAGGGCCUUGGCGGUCGUUUUCGAAUUUAGUUCCUUUGCCUGCCGGCAGAGCGCGCGUCCUCGACGUUGUCGCGCCUGCGCGCAGUCUGCGCUUACUUCGCGUCGGAGCACCGUGCUGCAGCAGCCACCGGGGCUCCCGUGGAGUCCUAAAACUAUAAUCUUUCUCAAUUAGUGCUUCGUCAGUGUUUUAGUGUAGUGCAGUGUUAUUGUUUUAGUGGAUACAAGUAUUUUCGUGCGGAUCUGAGUGGUGGAGUGUUGCGGCGCAAAUCGAUAUCGGAAGUGAUGGCGCAGCAAACAUGAGCCAGGGAGGUUCUCGGAGGCCUUACUCGCGCGGGGGCCCGCGCUGGCACCCGCGCUACAAGGAUUACUGGGAUUACGAGCAAAACUACAGUGAUGGCAGCAGUGCCGGCAGCCCUAAGGAAGCGUGCGCGGCGCAGUCCCCGCCACCGCACGGUCCGCACGUGCCGCACGGUCCGCACGGGCCGCACGCGCACGGCCCGCACGGCCCGCACCCGCAUGCGCCGCACGCGCCGGGCAAGCGGGAGAACCGCCCUGAACCGAGGAGACUUAGCAUCGGGGGCGGCGCCGGCGGCUCGCGGCGCGCCGCGCCCGCCGAGCGACGCAGACCAGAGUUGCGCCUGAGCCCGGGCGCGGGCCCCUCCGCCGACCCGCACCCGCCGCACCACCACCUCUCGCACCAUCAUCAUUUGGACACAAAUCCCCUGGAGGGCGCCGCGGAAGGCAGCGGCGCGGGCUCCUCCGACGGCGAGCUGUCCUCCAAGCCCGGCGACAGCCCCAGCAGGAAGCGCAGGCGGAUCUCCCGGCAUCGCCCUUCAGGCGAAAGUAACGUGUCAGUCCCCGCGCCGGCGGCGGAGCGCAGGACCCCGCGCCACCACUACCAGCCCCCUCGGCGGGUGCGGUACCUGAGCGGCGGCGGCGGCGGCCUGUGGCGGGAGCGAGUGCUGGAGCCUCACCAGCACCAACACCAACACCAGCACCAACACCAACACCAACACCAGCACCAUGCGCCGCUAUUAUUGGAUAUGAACCCGAUGUCCCUCCGCGGCGCGCGGCUCAGCGCGCUGGGCGGCGGCGUGGGCUGGCCGCACGCGCACCACCCCCACCCCCAUCCGCAUCCGCAGCACCAGCACCAGCACCAUCCGCAUCCGCACCCGCAUCCGCACCGGGAUCGACCGCAGAUGGGCGGUGUGUACGCGGGCCUGCAGUACCCGCCGCGGGGGCCCUUCGCGUCUCCGCCACACUACAUGUCCCACACGCAGCGGGCUGAAGGCGGGCGGCUGGAGCUCGCGCACGGCGGCGACGGCGCGCUGUCCCCGCUGCAGCCCGCCCCGGACCUGCACCACGCCCCUCUGCUGCUACAUACAGAGCCCCGCGGCGCGCCUUUAGAGUUGAUGCCUCAGCACGCGAGGGCGGCGUUGCCACACCAUCACUACAUGCCGCAGCGGCGGAGCGCGCUGGGCGCGGGUGGGGCGGUGGGGGGCGCGGGCGCGGCGCUGGGCGCGCUGCCCGCGCCCCCCGGGCUGCACGCGCGCGCCGCGCGGCCCUACGUGCGCCACGCGCCGCGCUGGCCGCACCAGCACCAGCACGCGCUGCACAUACACGCGCAGGUACGUACCGGCCACCGGCCCGGGUGGGGGUGGGCGCGGGCGCGCUGCCCGCGCCCCCCGGGCUGCACGCGCGCGCCGCGCGGCCCUACGUGCGCCACGCGCCGCGCUGGCCGCACCAGCACCAGCACGCGCUGCACAUACACGCGCAGGUACGUACCGGCCACCGGCCCGGGUGGGGGUGGGCGCGGGCGCGCUGCCCGCGCCCCCCGGGCUGCACGCGCGCGCCGCGCGGCCCUACGUGCGCCACGCGCCGCGCUGGCCGCACCAGCACCAGCACGCGCUGCACAUACACGCGCAGGUACGUACCGGCCACCGGCCCGGGUGGGGGUGGGCGCGGGCGCGCUGCCCGCGCCCCCCGGGCUGCACGCGCGCGCCGCGCGGCCCUACGUGCGCCACGCGCCGCGCUGGCCGCACCAGCACCAGCACGCGCUGCACAUACACGCGCAGGUACGUACCGGCCACCGGCCCGGGUGGGGGUGGGCGCGGGCGCGCUGCCCGCGCCCCCCGGGCUGCACGCGCGCGCCGCGCGGCCCUACGUGCGCCACGCGCCGCGCUGGCCGCACCAGCACCAGCACGCGCUGCACAUACACGCGCAGGUACGUACCGGCCACCGGCCCGGGUGGGGGUGGGCGCGGGCGCGCUGCCCGCGCCCCCCGGGCUGCACGCGCGCGCCGCGCGGCCCUACGUGCGCCACGCGCCGCGCUGGCCGCACCAGCACCAGCACGCGCUGCACAUACACGCGCAGGUACGUACCGGCCACCGGCCCGGGUGGGGGUGGGCGCGGGCGCGCUGCCCGCGCCCCCCGGGCUGCACGCGCGCGCCGCGCGGCCCUACGUGCGCCACGCGCCGCGCUGGCCGCACCAGCACCAGCACGCGCUGCACAUACACGCGCAGGUACGUACCGGCCACCGGCCCGGGUGGGGGUGGGCGCGGGCGCGCUGCCCGCGCCCCCCGGGCUGCACGCGCGCGCCGCGCGGCCCUACGUGCGCCACGCGCCGCGCUGGCCGCACCAGCACCAGCACGCGCUGCACAUACACGCGCAGGUACGUACCGGCCACCGGCCCGGGUGGGGGUGGGCGCGGGCGCGCUGCCCGCGCCCCCCGGGCUGCACGCGCGCGCCGCGCGGCCCUACGUGCGCCACGCGCCGCGCUGGCCGCACCAGCACCAGCACGCGCUGCACAUACACGCGCAGGUACGUACCGGCCACCGGCCCGGGUGGGGGUGGGCGCGGGCGCGCUGCCCGCGCCCCCCGGGCUGCACGCGCGCGCCGCGCGGCCCUACGUGCGCCACGCGCCGCGCUGGCCGCACCAGCACCAGCACGCGCUGCACAUACACGCGCAGGUACGUACCGGCCACCGGCCCGGGUGGGGGUGGGCGCGGGCGCGCUGCCCGCGCCCCCCGGGCUGCACGCGCGCGCCGCGCGGCCCUACGUGCGCCACGCGCCGCGCUGGCCGCACCAGCACCAGCACGCGCUGCACAUACACGCGCAGGUACGUACCGGCCACCGGCCCGGGUGGGGGUGGGCGCGGGCGCGCUGCCCGCGCCCCCCGGGCUGCACGCGCGCGCCGCGCGGCCCUACGUGCGCCACGCGCCGCGCUGGCCGCACCAGCACCAGCACGCGCUGCACAUACACGCGCAGGUACGUACCGGCCACCGGCCCGGGUGGGGGUGGGCGCGGGCGCGCUGCCCGCGCCCCCCGGGCUGCACGCGCGCGCCGCGCGGCCCUACGUGCGCCACGCGCCGCGCUGGCCGCACCAGCACCAGCACGCGCUGCACAUACACGCGCAGGUACGUACCGGCCACCGGCCCGGGUGGGGGUGGGCGCGGGCGCGCUGCCCGCGCCCCCCGGGCUGCACGCGCGCGCCGCGCGGCCCUACGUGCGCCACGCGCCGCGCUGGCCGCACCAGCACCAGCACGCGCUGCACAUACACGCGCAGGUACGUACCGGCCACCGGCCCGGGUGGGGGUGGGCGCGGGCGCGCUGCCCGCGCCCCCCGGGCUGCACGCGCGCGCCGCGCGGCCCUACGUGCGCCACGCGCCGCGCUGGCCGCACCAGCACCAGCACGCGCUGCACAUACACGCGCAGGUACGUACCGGCCACCGGCCCGGGUGGGGGUGGGCGCGGGCGCGCUGCCCGCGCCCCCCGGGCUGCACGCGCGCGCCGCGCGGCCCUACGUGCGCCACGCGCCGCGCUGGCCGCACCAGCACCAGCACGCGCUGCACAUACACGCGCAGGUACGUACCGGCCACCGGCCCGGGUGGGGGUGGGCGCGGGCGCGCUGCCCGCGCCCCCCGGGCUGCACGCGCGCGCCGCGCGGCCCUACGUGCGCCACGCGCCGCGCUGGCCGCACCAGCACCAGCACGCGCUGCACAUACACGCGCAGGUACGUACCGGCCACCGGCCCGGGUGGGGGUGGGCGCGGGCGCGCUGCCCGCGCCCCCCGGGCUGCACGCGCGCGCCGCGCGGCCCUACGUGCGCCACGCGCCGCGCUGGCCGCACCAGCACCAGCACGCGCUGCACAUACACGCGCAGGUACGUACCGGCCACCGGCCCGGGUGGGGGUGGGCGCGGGCGCGCUGCCCGCGCCCCCCGGGCUGCACGCGCGCGCCGCGCGGCCCUACGUGCGCCACGCGCCGCGCUGGCCGCACCAGCACCAGCACGCGCUGCACAUACACGCGCAGGUACGUACCGGCCACCGGCCCGGGUGGGGGUGGGCGCGGGCGCGCUGCCCGCGCCCCCCGGGCUGCACGCGCGCGCCGCGCGGCCCUACGUGCGCCACGCGCCGCGCUGGCCGCACCAGCACCAGCACGCGCUGCACAUACACGCGCAGGUACGUACCGGCCACCGGCCCGGGUGGGGGUGGGCGCGGGCGCGCUGCCCGCGCCCCCCGGGCUGCACGCGCGCGCCGCGCGGCCCUACGUGCGCCACGCGCCGCGCUGGCCGCACCAGCACCAGCACGCGCUGCACAUACACGCGCAGGUACGUACCGGCCACCGGCCCGGGUGGGGGUGGGCGCGGGCGCGCUGCCCGCGCCCCCCGGGCUGCACGCGCGCGCCGCGCGGCCCUACGUGCGCCACGCGCCGCGCUGGCCGCACCAGCACCAGCACGCGCUGCACAUACACGCGCAGGUACGUACCGGCCACCGGCCCGGGUGGGGGUGGGCGCGGGCGCGCUGCCCGCGCCCCCCGGGCUGCACGCGCGCGCCGCGCGGCCCUACGUGCGCCACGCGCCGCGCUGGCCGUACGUACCGGCCACCGGCCCGGGUGGGGGUGGGCGCGGGCGCGCUGCCCGCGCCCCCCGGGCUGCACGCGCGCGCCGCGCGGCCCUACGUGCGCCACGCGCCGCGCUGGCCGCACCAGCACCAGCACGCGCUGCACAUACACGCGCAGGGCGGCGCAGGCGGCGGCGCGGGGUCGGGCGCGGGGCUCAUCACGGCCGUGUCGCACGUGCCGCAGCUGCACGUGCCGCUCCCCCCACCACCCCCCACCUACCAGGUGUUCCUGAACCUCCUGGCGAUGUUCCCGCUGUCUCCGUACGCGGAGGCGCGCGCCGGCGGCAGCGAGGCCGGCGACUCGCCCGAGACCGAAAACUACGAGGCCCUGCUCUCUCUGGCCGAGCGCCUAGGCGAGGCCAAGCCGCGCGGCCUCGCGCGCCACGAGAUCGACCAGCUGCCCAGCUACAAGUUCUGCCAGCAGACGCACCAGGGCGAGCAGACGUCGUGCGUGGUGUGCAUGUGCGAGUUCGAGGCGCGGCAGACGCUGCGCGUGCUGCCGUGCGCGCACGAGUUCCACGCCAAGUGCGUCGACAAGUGGCUCCGGUCAAACCGAACGUGUCCGAUAUGCCGCGGCAACGCUUCCGAGUAUUUCAACAACUCGGAGUGACUCGCCCUCGCCUCGGCCGCGCAGCUCCGCUCCCGCGCCUAGCCACCGUGCCCCGCGUGCCCUCUGCGGCCUCUGUGCCCCGCGUGCCCUC